AUGGAUGGACUGGUGAGAGAAUUCAAGCAGAUUUAUCGUAAAGUGUCUGUUGAUCAUUUGGAUGAGAAGAAGAUAGAAGAGUACCUACAAAAGCAUGGCAUCGAUGCAAUGAAGGAUCUUGCUCCAAAGAAGUUGGGCAUUGGACCGUUAAAACGAAAGGCACCAAAGCGACGACAGAAUGUCAAAGUACAAAACCAGCACUUGGAAGGAGUAUUGGAAGAUUACGAAUAG